AUGGAAAUAUAUGGCAAAAGAGAAAAGCAAAACCCAGACUGGUUUGUAGCUGGAAUCGCAAAAUUGGAGCCUGUCAUCGAAGCAAAGCGAGCAGCACUCGCUAACUACAAGAGUGAUCCAUCUGUGAAGACACUCACAGCUCUACGAAUAGCAAGGAUGGAUGCCAAACGGGUUGCUAGACGCUAUGCCAACGAUUACUGGUUGAGCCUUUGCCAGAGCAUCCAACUGGCUGCAGAUAACGGCAACACCCAGGAAACCGAUCAAAGAAAUGAGACUCGUUGCUCUAGUACCUCCUUCAAAUCGCUAAAAAAUCAGACUAUCUGGUCGUUCCAUCCUAAAGAUUACUGCGGAGUCAAUAUCUAUCUUAUUGUAGGUGUAUCUUUGGCAAUCGUGACCGUUCUGUCGCUAAGUGUCCUCGCGUACCAAAAGCGAUGGUGGCUGAACCAUAAACUAUUUCUCUUAAAGUUGGCCAUCAUUGGGUAUCAAGAAAUCAUUGAAAAUCAAGGUCCUGAGGACUACGAGUAUCAGCUUAACCUCAUGUUCCGUGAAGAUGAUGAGUGGUGGAUUAACGAUUGCAUGAAGCCAUUCCUGCAGGGGAGGAUGCCACAUCUGGAGCACAUCGUUUUCGGGGAUAACGGCCUUCAUCCAGGAUCUUUUUACUUAAACGCCAUCUAUGACGUUAUCGAGAACAGCUACAAGACGGUCUUGUUGCUUAGCAACCAGUCAGUGGAGGAUACCUGGUUCAUGACCAAACUCCGUAUGGCCGUGGAGCAUAUGAAUGACACCAAGUUGGAGAAGAUCAUCCUCAUAUUCUUAGAAGACAUCGAUGAUGACCACCUACCGUACCUUGUAAGGCUGUUGCUGAGUCGGAACAAACCUUACUUGCUGUGGGUGGAUGAUGAUGAAGAUGGACAAGAAUUCUUCUGGGCAAAGUUUGAGAAAAGCAUGAGGGCUAACAGGGAAAUGAAUAAUGUGAUUCCAGUUUAGUAAC